AUGGGCAAGAAAGCAAAGAGCCAGUCGAAGGAGGGUGUGUCGGCCGAGGGUGCCGUUACCACUACUCCCAACGUCACUUCUGGGGCCAUUCCACUGGUAGCAGCGAAGGUUGAUCCAGGUCUUGCGGCGCUGUUUGCGCAGAGUGCUGGGCCGGUGAAAGCUCCUGAGGUGAAGUCUGCAUAUGGAUACCCGAGAGAUGAUGAUGAUGAUGUGGAAGAUGACGAGGAAGAAGAUGAAGGGGAAGAUAUAGAAGACGAUGAAGAGGAAGAAGAUGAAGAUGUAGAGAUGGAAGACGAAAAGACGUCACGCAAGCGCAAGCGAGGGACUGACAACGAGGACCUCGAGGCAGCCUACCUCCAGCGCCUGACCAGAGAAGACCUCCCGCGCAAGGAUGAGCCUAAGCGCACGAAACCAGACAAUGACGCUGGAGAUGCCACUAAAGAGGAAGAGGAAGAGGAGAUCAUCCCAACCCACGAGUCCCUGAACAAAACCACCCCCGAAGCCCUCGACAAGGCCUCCCGCACCCUCUUCCUCUCCAACGUCUCUACAGAAGCCAUCAGGUCCAAGUCCGCCAAAAAGACCCUCCUCGCCCACCUUUCUUCCCUCCUCCCUUCUUCUUCUACUUCUACUUCUACAUCCGCCUCUUCCAGUGUGCUGCACAAGGUAGAAUCCCUCCGCUUCAGAUCUACUGCCUUCUCAUCCACCGCCCUCCCUCGACGAGCAGCAUAUGCCAAAAAGGAACUGAUGGACUCUACUACCAAAUCCACAAAUGCAUACGUGGUAUACUCUACCACCCUGGCAGCGAAGAAAGCGUUAAAGUUAAACGGCAGCGUGGUGCUAGAUAGACAUCUACGAGUCGAUAGCGUCUCCCGGCCAGCAGGCAUAGAUCAUACCCGGUGCGUCUUUGUCGGGAACCUAGGCUUCGUCGAUGAAGAAACAUCUGAAGACGACAAGGGGAAGAAGAAGAAAGUUGUUGCUGGCGGGGACGUAGAGGAAGGGCUAUGGCGGACUUUCACCUCCCAGUGCGGCGAGGGGAGUGUGGAAGGUGUUCGUGUCGUGCGUGACAGGCUUACGAGGGUAGGUAAGGGGUUCGCAUACGUUCAGUUCCGAGACGAGAAUGGUGUUGAAUCAGCGCUGUUAUGUGAUGGGAAGAAAUACCCUCCUCUACUUCCUAGACGACUGAGGGUGACGAGAGCUAAGAAGGUGGUUGUUGGCUCUGAGGGGGUGAGGGAGGGUGUGAAGGGGCAGAUGGGGAAGAAGGGGAAAGGAGAAGAAGAGAAGCUGUUCGGUCGUGCUGUUGCUGCUGGUAUGAGGAGGGAGGAGAGGCGGGUUAAGCGCAAGGCGUGGGACGCUGGUGCCGGUGCUGGACGGAACGCCAAUUUUACGCCGUUGGGAUCGGCUAAGUCUACGACGGCGUCUACUUCCGUGGUGUUUGAAGGGUACAGGGCGAAAGACGGGGCUAAGCCUGCGUUCAAGAUGAAGGGGAAGAAAAAAGGAGGGAAGCCGAAGACGAGAAGCGCGCGACGGGCCAGCGCAUACCGGGCGGGUAGAUAA